UAUAUAUACGUGUGUGUGUGUGCCAUGAUCAAUUUUAUACUGGAUAAAUGAUUAAAUUAAUUCUUAAUGACUGUCACCAAAUGCAAAAGUAAAUAAAUGAAAUAUAAGAUAUUGGAAUUGUUGUGGUUCUAAACAUAUUGGUAUUUUUUCUGGCUAUGUAAUGUUCUCGUAAGUUCCUUGUUCUUCUCAAUAAAAUUAUUAGAUGAUCGAAAAAAAAAACAUAUUGGUGUUUGCUGUUUUCAUUAAUUUUAGCUCGUCGUAACAACUCUGAUUUUUAAGUGGCAGUAGUAUCACUGGUACACGCUAUUUGUGAGUUGAAAAAAUUGGCACAGGUUUUGGAAUGGUGGAUAUAUGAUUUAUUAUGAGUGGUUAAUAACCACAUGCCAUUUCACCUAAUAUAAUAGUGUUCACAUCAAAUGAAAUGUUGAAAGCAUGAUAGUAAAUAAAACAUUUUUAAUAAUUUGAUAGAAAACGACUUAUUAUUCACUUUAGUUGGUUAAUACAUUAAAAUGAAAAGUAGUGGAAACUAGUCUACCAGACCGUUCCGAUAUGCUCUUAAGAUUCUACCAUCUUUUACGUAAUUUAGUAUCCCAUUUCAGAUGAGUUUCUUAUAAAACGGUUCAUUAACAAUCUAUAAGAAGAGACUUCUUCUUUUCCUUUUGACAGUAUUAUGUGUACAAAGUAGUGAAGUGCUAAUACAUAUAUAGUACUCCCAUAUAUGUGUGUGUGUGAAAACAAUGAAAGUUUAAGACUGGACCAACGAAAAAUGUUGUUGGCCAACGUUUGAAAUUGAGAGGGAUGGACCAAAGGAGCGAUGGUGGCACAUGUUGAGGGGGUUGGCAGAAUGUGAAGAUUGGAUAGGGUGAUGGAGUUAUUAACAUAAUAUGGGUGUAUGUGUAUAUAUAUAGAUUAUAGAGUGCAGUUGUUUUCAAUAACAUGGUCUUCUUUUGUUUGGUUAUGGUGAGGCAAAAUAAUUUGAUGUGAGAUCAAGUGGCCUCAAAAUGAAGAGAAUCUAUAAAGAGUGGUUUGUGGUCAUACACAUAUCAAUAUAUUCAUGUCCAUGUGAAUGUCACCUUCAUCAUCGGUGUACAUGUGACGAAGAUGACUAACUAUCAACUAGUCAUGUAUUCUUAGAACAAGUGAGUCUCUUCAAUCAUGAAUGUAUGACCAAUGUAUCCAAAUUAAUUGAACUUUCAUGUAUUUUUUAUAUAUAUUUUGAUCACAUGCUAAUGACUUUGGACAUAGGAGUGCUUAGGAUAAUAAGAUGAUCACUGGAAACGUAUUGAGUUGAAAUUGAUCGAAACUAUUUACGAUUAGUUGCUCUAUUUCAUUAAACAAAUUCAAAGCAUAGCCAAAUAUAAACUCAGAGCUGAUAUGUAGAUAAAUCCGUGGUUGCUAAUUCUAAAAAUUUAGGUUUUAAGGAAUAUACAAACCGACUGAGUAAAGCUAUUCGGUCUGGACCGGUUAAGCAACUUAAAAGAAGCGGGCUACAACAGAAAGCUAGAAACUAAUGAUUGAGGUGGGAGCAGAAGAGGCAUGCAAAUGUAGGCAUCACUUAUGACAGGUGAAAUAUGAAAAAAUAAUUCUUUAAUAUAUAAUCUUUGUCUUUUCUUUUUCUUCUUGCAGUUUUUUAUAAUUAUUUUUGUAUUUUCUUUUGUCUAUUUUGUUGUUCAUCUGUUAAAACUUUUACCCACAAAAUUCAAAUUUGAGCAGAUUCUUUUUUUUUUCAGAGAGCAGAUUCUUUCUUUUUAGUGUUUUGCACAGCAGUUUCUCUUUUUUUUCCCGCCGAUACUUACGAACCACUUUUUCAAUGUGAUAAAACUAGAUUCAUCGCAGGUUAGUACAUAUUCAUGUGAAAAUUUAUUUGUUUGACCCCUUUUAUAAGAGUUUCAGACAAAUUGUGGAUGAUAGGAUAUUUAUAGGCUAAGUAAAAAUUAAAAGCAGAUUUUUUUUUUUGUUAAAAAGUACUACUUUACUUGUAUUUUGUUUAAAAGUAUUUAAAAUUGGUGGAAUUCAUAUCUUAAAAUUUGUGAUCGCGUAUGAGCUGGGAAACUAAUGGACAAAUGAACUAGUAAGUUUAAUUUGUGUGAGAUUAGACUAUGACUAUGAGUAAUCUGGGAAACCAAUGGGCCAAUAAAACAGUAGUUUCUUCAGCUUACUUGUAAGGCCCGGUUCUGACUAUAUACAUGAACAAAAAUAAACAAAAGUUUUUGUUUGUCUUAAAAUUCCAUGUAAGAUUGUAUCUCUAAAAAGAGAUUUCACACAGAAAGUCCUAUAGUAGUUAAUAACUAGAGAGAAAUAUCUUCAAUUCCUAUAGUUAAUAACUAGAGAGAAAUAUCUUCAAUUCUGUAACAGAUGUAUUUAUAUAUCAAUACUUAUAUGUGAGGUGUCCACUACUUCCAAGAUAUCGGAUGCUUCAUAAAACAGAAACUAAUCACCCUACUAUAAAGUCUCUAAACAAUGAUUAGUUAACCAAACUUUUUAUAACAAAGACGAAACUAGUACUUCAUGCGUUGAACCGUACUGUGUUUUUAAUCGCGGACACAAUCUUUGAUUAAUCCAAGGCAAAGAUACGGCCUAAUGAUAUUUAAAUCAUGUUCAAGUUCACUGUUACAUCUACUCAAUAAUUUGUGUGCAAAAAACUAUCAAUAAGAAAAUUAAUCACAUCAGCAUUAGUCAGGGGGCAAGAUAAACAAGUUGUCUGGAUUAUGCCAAACAGUAAGCAUGCAGUCACGCUAUUGUCACGUGUUGUUGGCUCUACAUCAUAUCCUUCGCUACCUUUUUUGAUUUACAUUUCUCGAUUAUAUUUUUUAUUGUUUAAUAACACAAGUAUUUUGAACGGGUGUACAAGUGGUUUUUACAGAAACAGAAAGUUAUUUCAAGUGGAUUGGGAAACGAGGGAACAUCAUGAACUUGGGAGAAACAAUUUCAUGACUUGUCUCUGUUCAGUUAUUUUUUGCUUCAAAAUAUUGCCUCUUUUGGUCGGCCAAAAGCAUUACAUUAUUGAUAAGUCCUAGUAACUUACUGGUAUUAAAGUUUAUUUAACAUUUUACCAAAAAAAAAAAAAACUUACUGGUAUUAAAAUGUGUCUUCUGAAUUAACUGUCUUCUGAAAAUUCAAACUGAUGUUUUUUUACUUCUUGCAAGGACUACAUCAAAAUAUAUAUGGGCAUAACAUCUAGUUGAGAUAUGUCCACCAAAUUUUGACUGUCUAUUAAAACUAAAUACAAUUACUUCCGUAUAUCAUAAAGUUCGGUUUUGAAAAGUACAUAUGAAAAAUAGAACUAGUGUAUGGUGACCACUGAAUAAAUAGUUCCCCGUAUAUUAUGCUCUGGUAUAUUGAAAUGGAAUUAAUUAAAUUGGCAGCAAAAGAAACAUGUCUAAUACAUUAAAAUCAUUAAGUUGUAUGGUUCAGAACUGGAGACUUUGUAGCAAGGCCAGGUUCAACUUAUGCUUGAUUGCAUGGUGGAACACGAGAAAAGACACGUGGUAUUGUGUUUUACAUGCACUUAGUUUGAUAGCCGUAUUAGUCUGGUUCAAUUGACAAGACUAAUGAGCCCAAGUUCCAAUUUUGUUGGGUUUGAUGAAGUCAUUAGUAUAUAUUUAUCCGUUUUUAUUUAAGUUUAUUUUAGGAUUUUCGCGUAUAUAAUUUGUUUUACCAAUCAUAUUAGUGCACUUUUAAAUUUAUACACCAUAUUCAAAUCUCUCUAGUUAGUAGAAAUAAUUUAAUAGGAUUAAAACUGAUAUUUUGUUUGAUCAUCUGCAUUAAAUACAGUUAUUUAAAAAAUAUAAUCAUAUAUAUAUUUUAUCUCAUAUUUAAUAGGAUCAUUUUUGGUUUUAUAUAGUGAAUGCCAAUAUAUUUUAUAGUUAGUAAUUUGUAUUGCAUUUUGGGUGAUUGAUGUGUAUAUAUAUAAUAUUAACUGAAAAAUGUAACCAUGCAUGCAUUGCACCAAGUUCCCUCUAUAUAUAUACACCUCCACAAGUGAAUUCUCCUUCAAAUCAGUUCUCAUCUAUCCAAAGCGCUUUCUUCUAUAUCAGUCUAAAAUUACCAAAAAACAAUAUUGCGUUUUCGCUUACUUCUUAAAAAGAUAGAAACAGGUCUCAUUACCUACGACAACUGUUCACCCAUUGUUAUAUCAAAUUGUGUCAGAUUAUGGAAACAAAGAGGGUCAUGAUGAGCUCAGAGAGAUCAAAGCAGAAGAAGAGAUCAAUAUGUAGAAGAUUGGGGAAGCAUAUUAAAGAACAGAAGGGAAGGAUUUACAUCAUCAGAAGAUGUGUGGUCAUGCUCCUUUGCUGGCAUGAUUGAUCGGAAAUAAAAGUUUUCGAACCGUGCCAGGUUCAAAUGUAUGUAUGCACGUACCACACGUUGAGUAUGUGUGCAUGUGGGUUACUAAAUGAGGGAAGAGUGGUGUUAGAGGUAGGGUGAAAACCGGUUUGCUUGGUUUAAUUUUGUGAGUUCUACCGAAUUGUAUAUAUAGUGACCUCAACCGUUUCGUUGGUUGUUUUUAAACUAAUAUUUACAUUAUGCAAUGGCUUAUAUAUUGAUUCAUCAAUAUUAAAGUACUAUAUCGUAUUCUAUAAUGUGAUAUCAGAUUGUCUAGAGAUGUAAAAUAUCAAUAUGAUAGAUUUGGAUUCGAGACCACUAGUACAACCAUCACUGUUGAUUAUAAAACUACUAGUUAUGAAAAUGAGAUCCGACCAUAGGUGUGUCAAGAAAUUAAAAGAGUAAUAUUUUCUUUUAAUGUCUAUGAUGAUUCUCGAGUACCAUGUAUCGGUUUGUUUUUAACCUCGUCCAUGUCCCUCUUUCUUAUAAAUUUGUCAAAAACUUCAAAUUAUUUUGGAUGCAGUAAGCCAUUUGAAUGAGUGACUGGAAUCCAGUUUACGGCAAGGAAACUUUUCGUGUGCGACAAUCAAAAUAAUUGUCUCGCGUCACAAUUACACUUUUUAGGUCAAAUAUUAAACUUGAACAACUUGGUACCAGCUAGCUCAUCUCCCAACUGAUACCACCUAGACCUAGUCAUAACCAACAGUCUCCACGUUAGAUUCGACAUACCUCGUGAAUUUUCAGCUCAACUUGUAGCUUCUCCCAAGGUCACCCAAAAAUCGCAAGAAAACCUAAUUUCUUUUUUUCAGGUUGAUAUUUUUAAGCGAAUAUUCAAUAUAACUCACGGUUUAGAAUUCUAAUUAAUGCCAUGUAGUUUUGAUCCAAAACAAAGCCAUGUAGAGGCGGCUUAGGAGGAGACAGGCAGUGCGCCACCCCGUACCAGCCCUAACCCGAUGUCUCCCAUAUAAUAAAAAUUAAAGGUUCUGAUUUUGUAUAUAUAUUUUUUGUACAAAUUUAAUCUAUUUCAAACGAAAUUGGAUGUCUAUUUUUUUUUCAUCACAAACUUACAAAAAUAUUACUUAUAACGUUUUUUUUUAGAAAAAAUUAAAACCUAAAUUUAGGAGUACAAAAUUACUUUUGCCCUAUGGCUCAUCAAAAUAUUGAGCCGGUUCUGAUGUCAUGUAGUUCUUUAAGAUAUCUCAAAUCGCAUCGUUUCAUUUAACGGGUAUCGAAGGGUUUAACGUUUCCUUGGAGGUUUAAGUCUGAUACGUCAAUAUAAAUUGUUUAUAGAAAUGGUCCGUGGAGGCUACUCACAUUAACAUGCGUGUUUGCUUGCGAUAUUUUAAAAUUCGAAUGGUAGCCCAGUAAUAUUAUUUGGGCUUCAAAACAAUAGCCCAAUAAUAUUUAUUCUUUCUUGGGCUCGUCUUAAAAUCGUAAACUUUUAUUCCAAUCACGAACGUAUAAAUGAAAAUUUGACAACAAAAUAAUCAAGAACAAGAGUUUGGUAAUAGAAACAUGUCUAGAAUACAAAGGGAAUAAGAGCUUUGACAUGCUUAGGGAAGUCAUCAAACUUGGAAAGAUACCAUCUUCUCGUAGCAUAGCUCCGACCAAUGAGAUAGAAAGUUGUUCCCAUGGCGAAAGAAAACGAGUAAAUGG